AUCAAGCCACCUAAAUUUGCACCUCGGCGCGCGCGAUCGGACAAGGACCAUGCAGCCGACGCUAGGAUGGAGGUCCAAGCAGUGCCCCCUGGACGGGUACGCAGCGCGCUUGAGGGUCGGCGACGAGGAAUGGAAGCUCAAGGUCGAUGCGCUCCGGGACAUCCACAGCUACGUCGUCGCCAAUGCAGGCAGCAUCACCCAAGAGAACCUCAGCUGUCUCGUCGUUCCCUUCCGCAGCCUCUUCGUCGAGCUCCGAUCAGCGGUCGUCAAGGAAGCAUGCGAGGUCUUUGCGGAAAUCGCAGUGCAUCUGGGCCAGAAGACGAAGCUUCUCAUCUCGAACGUCUUCUCAACGAUGAUCGACGCCCGAGGGGGCACCAACAAGGUCAACAGCAGCGCGAUCCACGGCUGCAUCGAGCGCGUGCUCAAAGUCGUCAUGUCUCGCCACAUACUAUCGACGUUCUUCUACGUGUCCAAGACGAGCAAGAACGGCCAGAUGCGAGAUGCGUGCGUCCAGUACAUGCUCAUCCUGCUCAAGCACUGGACGUUCGCGCACUUGGAUACAUACCGCGGGCAGAUCCAGGACUUUAUUGCGAGUGCGCUCAGCGAUGCGUCGCCCGUGAGCCGAGAUGCUGGCCGCUCAUGCUAUGCCGCGUAUGCCUCGAUUUGGCCCGAUUACAAAGACGCCUUUUUGAUGACGCUCGAGCCCAGUGUCAAGAAGCAUCUUGCGCGCCAGCUUGAAGUCGUGACUGUCAACGCGCAUGCGAUAAGCCCCCACGGUGCUCGAGCGACGACUGACAUCGUCACUCCGCGGAAUCACAAGCGCAAGACUCUGUCCAACAUCACCAAUACGCCCGACACCAUCAAGCGACGGAGGAAUCUUGCAGUCGCGAAGGUGCAGACUGGCGCGGCUCGGAGGGUUUCGGCUCACCCCCAACAGAGUCCCAGUGUAGAAAACGUGGCCGCCCCGAGUCUUGCUGUGGCCGCACCCGUGGCCACACCGCACUCGAACCACGAGACCCUGAAAAGUCUGUCGGCGACGCCAACUCCUGUACAUACUCCGAGUGGCUCGACUGACUCUACAUCAUCAGAGCUGUACUUUGAACUCCUCUGCGAGAAGAAGGCGACCGAGAAGAAACUGCACGCGCUCCAGACCAAGUUUGUCAUCAACGCGGACGCGCUCGCGCGCGCAGAAGAGAAGAUCGAAGGAUUUCAAAUGCAGACGGAGGAUGCGCCCACGUCGGUGCAGAGCUCGUUGUCGGCGAACGAUCCGGAUGUGAUGGCGCUACACGAGACAGUCGCUACGUUGAAAGCCAAACUCAAGGAGAAAGAAAACGCGAUUCUUCGCCUCGAGCUCAACUUUGACGAGUCGCAGACGGCACUCAAGCAAACGUCCGUCAUGCUCAAGGAGUACAACACGGCCAAGGAGGAAGAGAUCUCGGCGCUCAAAGCGCAAGUAUCUGCCAUGGAAAUCCAGAGCUCCCUGCAAGAAUCGCCGAAAGAGCCAGCCGGCGACGACCCGCGUGUCGCGGAGCUACAAGCACGCGUUGAUGAGCUCGUCAAGCAGAAGGCGACAAUGGAAGAAGAACUUGGUUGCAUGGACGAGACCAUGAGUACCGUCCAGGCUGGCCUCUUUGAGGAACAGCAGCAAGGAGAGCUCCUAAAGGCGGAGCUCGCCCAGCUGAAAGCCAGCUCAUCGACUUGCGAGUGCCAGACAGAGAUUGCUUGCCUCAAAGAUCAGCUCCAAGUCCAGCUCACCCACGAGCACGCGCUACGCGAGAAGCACAGAGCCGUCGAGGAACAAGCAACGACGCUCAAAGCCGAGAUGCUCAAGCUCAAGACGGAAGGCUUGGAUACCCACGACGCCGACAUCCGCACCGUCCGAGACGAAAACGCAGCAUUGACGAACCAGCUCGUUGAGUUGCGUGCCAGCGUGCGUGUUUUGGAGACGCAGAACGCCGCUUGGGCGUCUGAGCGUCAAGCCCUCGUCGACGGUAGCAACCAUCAAGCUACCGAAUCCCAGGAGCGUGUGACGCGCCUCGAGGCCGAGCUCACUGAGGCGCGCCUCGAGUUCACGACCCUUAGCGGCAACAAGGCGCAGCUUGUGUCCAUGCUUGAGGAUUGCCAAGCCAAGCUCGACGAUGCGACAACGCGCGUUGAUGACAAGUCGGCGCUCGUCGAGCUGUACAAGGCCAACAUGGAGCAGCAAGGCUCCAUCGGCGCGGGUCUCGCGCAAGAAAUUGUCGUGAUCAAGGAUGAGAAGCGCGACCUCGAAGCCGACAACGAGAAACUACGAGCUCAGAUCGUCGCGCUCACCGAAGCGCUGUCGUUGCUCGAGACCAAAGCAGCGGCGAUCGAUGCAUCACGUCAAGCAGAGCACGACGCGCUCGUCCUUUAUCUACAGAAAGCGACUGAUGAAAGCGCACAGCUUCAAGCAACGCUUGCGGUUACAACGGAAGAGCGCGAUGAAGUCGAAGAGCGUGCGAAGGGGCUCACGGCAGAUGUUGUCGAGCUCCAGGACCGCGUCCAAGAUCUCUCUUCUGAAAUCCGCUGCCUCCAAGUGUGCUUGGAGACGACCGAGAAGGAAAAAAGCGAGCUCGAGAUGACGGUCAGCGCUCAAGAGCAGCAGAUUCUCGCGCUCCAAGAGGACGAUUUCCAGCGACAGUGCCGCUACGACGACACGGUCAAGGACAAAGCAGCAUCGAUCGCGCUUCUUGAGCGCCAGGUGGACGAGCUCCGCAACCAAGUCGGCAGUCUUCAGGCACAAAACAGCGACCUUCAGCUCCAGUGCGAAGCGUUCGAGACGCGGGCGUUCGUGUCCUCAAAGGAGCGCGAAGACCAAGCCGCCAAGUGGGUCGCUGACCAAACUGCGCUCUUGUCGGAGAAGGGGGACCUCGUGCUUGCCAACACGCGGCUAGCCAAAGAUAACGCGGACCUCAAGGCCAGCGUCGAUGCCAGGGUCCUGACCAUCGGCGACCUCGAAACGCAUGUGGCGAAGCUGGAGGCGACGCUCGCACAGUGGCACGAGCAGGACGCUGCGUGGGCCAAGAAGAAGCUUGAGCUUGACGCCCGCAUCGAUGAGUUGUCCCAGACGUGCUCUCGACACGAAGAAGCGCUUGCUUCCACCCAAACCUCGCUGAUCGCUGCAGAGUCGGCCCUGGCAGGGCUCAACGCCGAACGCAGCGCAUGUGACGAGGAAAACAAGAAGCUCCAGCACCGCUAUGACGCCAUGGAACGGGCGCUCGAGGAAGCCGAGGCCAAGAAGGUAUAUUUCCAGCAACAAGUUCUUGCUGGUUUUGAGCGGCUUCGCGAAACGAAGCUCGAGAAGGGAUGCGCCGAACCCAAGGAAAUUGUCACCACGCUUGACGAGCCGGCCCCCGAGACGCCAAGUCCCGUGCACGUUGUGGCCCCCGUCCAGCCUGCGCGGCGUAUCGAUGUAUCGUGGAAGCAAACAGUCGCCGCGAGUGCGCCGUCGCUCUUCCAGCCGCGGCCGUCCAAGGCCAACAUCAAGGCUCAACGCCAACUCAACGAUGCGAACCUGCUCAAGCGCUUCCAGUCGGCGCCAUUGCCGUGAGAUCAGUCGUACCAACCGUGAAGUAUUAUCAUCGCGUAUCUUAUUCGUCUUGCAAGUCUUGGGAAAUCUGUGUUUCGUCAAACAAGCCCGUUUCGCUGUCGU